AAACUUGCCCUUGUUUCCUUUGUAUUUCCAUUUUGAUGACGAUUUUGAGAAAUCUUGUUUCCUUAUACGGUGCGUGCUUCGUUGGCACAUCUUCAUUCUCCCAUAAUUUAAUGCUAACUGCGAAAAGAUUCUUCUUUUCUCUCUAUUGCUUUGCGAAGAGCUCUUUGUUGAUCUGUAUUGGAUCCACAGCUCAUGGGAAGAAGUGUUAGCCCAUUGCUCCGGCAGGAGCUUGCCAACCUUGACAAGGACGCAGAUUGCCGCCGUUCCGCCAUGAAAGCUCUUAAAACCUACGCGAAAGAUUUGGACUCCAAAGCUAUCCCACACUUCCUUGCGGAAGUCUCGGACGCCAAUGGUGCAACGUCUGUCGAUUGCACAAUCUCCCUCUAUGAAGUCCUUGCUAGAGUCCAUGGCAGAAACAUCGUUCCUCAGAUAGAUAACAUCAUGACCACCAUCAUGCACACCCUAUCCUCAAGCGGAGGAUCUUUUGCCCUCCAGCAGGCCUGCUCCAAGGUCGUCCCUGCAAUCGCCCGCUACGGAAUCGAUCCUUCAAUGCAGGACAAUGAGAAGACGAGGAUAAUCUCCUCGCUCUGCAAGCCUCUUUCUGAUGCUUUGAUGGGCAUGCAAGAGAGUCCUGCAUCUGGGGCUGCACUCUGCUUGAAAGCCCUUGUCGAAUCAGGAAAUUGGAGGUUUGCAACAGAUGAGAUGGUGAAUGAUGUCUGCUUGAAGGCCGCAGGGGCUUUGGAAGAAAAGGCGACCCAAACCAAUGCUCAUAUGGGGUUGGCCAUGGCCUUGGCAAAGCACAAUGGCUUGAUCGCUGAGGCUUUUGCUAGAUCACUCGUCCGAUCUGGCUUACAGAUAUUGGCGACUGGUGCUUCUGAAAGCAACUCCCAGAAGCGACUCUCUGCGAUUCAAAUGAUCCAUUUCUUGAUGAAAUGUAUUGAUCCAAGAAGCAUUUCCUCGGAGGUAUUCCAGGUAAUUGAUGUCAUGGAGAAAUGCCAAGCUGAUGAUAAGAUGCCCUUUGUGAGAGGAGCAGCAUUUGAGGCGCUGCAGACCGCGAAGGCACUGGGUUCCCAGAAGGGAUCCAGGCAUGACAUAAAUACAAGUCCCCUAGGAGGUUCCAACUUCCAUAGGAGAAAUUCCAGGAGCCCAUUGAGAUCUAGAAAUUGCUCCCCUGUUCGAUUGUGCUCUCCGGAGUCUCAGACCAUUGAAUCUUUUAUCAACAAGGAUGCAUUCGCUGAUUCACCUGCUUCAGUCGUUCAAUCUCCUUGUGAAAUUGUGCAUAACGGAAAACGUGCUAAUCGGAGACUGUGGAGCCAUGAUGGCUGUGCUGUUGAUGUUUCAUUGAAGGAUGGCUUGUUCUUUAAACCUUGUGCACAUACUGGGAGCAAAGUCACAGAUUUUGAUCAGAUCAUUAAAGGUAAGCCAAGUGAUCAAAGUGAUGAAGUUUCAGGAGAUUUCUCGGGAUUUAUGCAAGGUAGUGAAUCCAACUUAGCUCGAGAUACCAUUCCAAAUCCCCAGAGAUCCAGGCAGCAGCUCACAAUGGAUGAGAUUAAAAUGUACUCGACACCGAGAAAGCUGAUUAGAUCUCUUCAGGAUUCUACCGAUAGCAAAUCUGAGUGUGCCAAUGGUCUAAACAAUCGUGUGCUUGUUAAGCAGUCAAAUGAAGUCAAAUGGAAACAAAUAGGAAACGUUAGCAGAGAUGAUCAAUCUCAGAAUGUUAACUCUAAGAGUGGUGGAAGAAGCAUGGAGAAUGGGUGUCAGUUGGGCAUGUUGAACAAUAUCAAAGACAGUAAAGAAGUGCAAGAUGGCACUGAAUCUGUUUCAUCUACAACUGAUGUCCUUGAAAGCAACCUCUGUGAAGUGUCACAUGGAUAUGACCAUGAAGAACAGAAUGUAGAGCAGAAUGUAUUAACUACGAACAGAAGAACAAUGAAGUAUGGCACUGCAGUGCUAGGGUUUCUUUCUGGUGCAAUUGUGGUACUUAUUGCAAUGAUCCUUUUAUCGCUGAUAACUGAGAAUGAUGAGCCUCUUUAUGGCUUGGUUCCCACUUGAUAUAUGGUUUGUAGGUCGUGAACCUGCACUUCCAUUUUGCUGUGUUUUAGAGUAGCGAUUAUAUAAUGUAGACUAAUAUUACUGCUUGCUUAAGUUUGUUAUUUCAA